AUGACUGAACACAUGCUGAGAAACCAGCCCAUGGACUUGGAAAUAAGUCUGUCUAAGGUGUCCACGCUUAUACUUCACGGAAUCCUCCUCAUCCAAAAGACUCUCAUUGAUAAAGGGAGCCUCUCAGAUAAGAGCUUAAGUGUUGAUGGAUCGCCAUUCGGUCAAAAUACUGAAGGAGGUCUGAAGAAUCCGCUCAAUCCUCGAAUCUUUAGUGAUUCAACUUUUAUACAUCUACAAGUUGAGUUGCCGUUGAGGCUAGAAGCGCACGAGCGGUGUCGCAAGAAAGAAAAGGGAGCAAAGAAUUUCAAAAAGACAUUGAGAAACAGUCGAGCGGAGUGUAACAGACGGGACUAUCGAGAUACGAAAAUAAUCUUUAAAAAACUGGCCGACACGGAGAGCAAGCGGGGCCUCUGCUGGCGCUGCCUCCUCCCGCGGACGGACUUCUCGAACCGCUCCAGCCGCUGCAGCAGCACCUCCACCUCCGCCCAGGCAUCUCCUGUCCCGGCGCCCAACCCUCCUGGAGCACCGUCAGCGCCCCCGGUCUCUGCGGCGCCCAUCGAGCCUCCUCCUGCGCCGUUGAAGGGCUGGAUCCCUGUGUCUAUGCUGCACCAGAUCGCCUUCAGCGGCGCGACGCCCGAGCACCAGACGCCCGUGGUUCACGCCCAGCCCCGGCUCAGCCUUCUCGCGCCCACAGACCCAGGGGCACCCCGCUCCUCCUCCAAGUCGACCCCCGGGGGCCAGGCAACGCUCGGAAAGGCCGCAGACAAAACUCCGGCGGUGCAGAAGCAGGAGCCGCCCGCGCCCCAACCCGGGUCCUUGAAGCUAGAGGAGAGCAGGGGCGCCUCGACGGCGGGGAACGCCCCCUCCGCCGAAUCCAAGACGGGCGGCGUCGGCGUCGUCGCUGACGAGAAGAAAAAGUACGAGGCGAUGGGCGCAAGGCCGAAGGUGCUGGGCAACCUGCAGCCGCUGGCGGGCAAGGGCGUCGGGCUGAUCGAGGACGAGAAGUCGGCGAAGCACCGCGCGCGCUCCAUCCUGGCGAGCGCCAUCCCGGUGUCCCCGGUGUCCAGCGGCCCCCCGACGCCCUGCGGCCCCAGCCUCACCCGCAGCCCGUCCACGCCCAACAUGCCCAAGGGCUACAUGCCCAUCACCUCUACCAUCCUCACGCCCAUCAACUUCCGCCAGCCCUUCGUCGCCCACAAGCGCCCGUCGACCAUGAAGCAGAUCACGCAGGCGGUGCAGGCAGCGUCGCAGGCCUCCUCCUCCGCCCGCGCCCGCAGCGAAACCUCCCCCUCUGGCACGGGCGUCCGCCCCGACUCCUCGAGCGCCCAGUCGCCCCCGUAGCGCCUUUCGUCAGCGCUCGCCCAGCCUCACGGCGAGGCGCUCCUGCCGGCGCACGCCCGGAGCGACUCCUCGCCGGCCGCCAUCGGCCUCUCCUUCCCGGCCGGCGGAGGCGGCGCGUCGCAGGCUCCCGGAGCGAAGCUCGACGGCGAAGCCCCCAGCGUGAGCGGCAAAGGCGAGGGAGGCGUUUCGCCCCCGGCGAGCACGAAUGCUCAGAGCGGUGUGGAGGAGGUGCCUUCCGGAAGCAGCAAAGUUGAGAACAGCGGCGGGAAGGAAGCCGCGGCGCCGGCUAAAGGAGGCGUGAACACCGCCGCUGCGGCCGAUAACGCUCCGAAGAAAACACAGUCCGCCGCAUCUUCUGCGGCCACUGAGUCGUCUAAUUCAGCUGCCAAUAAUCAUGCUUCCAAACCAUCCAACUCAUCGUCUCCUCCAAAAACGGUAGUUACGUCUGACAACACCAAAGUCACCACCACUGGCAACACCACAAGCGCCCCUUCAAGCGCUGCGAAGACUGCUUCCUCCAGCGCAACAGCUGCCUCCUCCACCAAUACAAAAUCUGUAGCCUCCAGCACGAAAGCUGCAGCAUCAAACAAUACCAAAGUAACUACCAGUAGUAACAGCACAGUCACCACAUCAAGUAACACGACGGGAGUGGCUUCUAAAAAUACAACAGUCGCUUCUUCUAACAGUACUACAACAUCAACAUCAGUCACCACAACCACCGCAAGAAACUCUACAGCCUCAACUUCUAGUAAAGUCACCACUGCUGCUCCCAGCAGAACUACAGCUGUUACAAACAGUCAAAAUACAUCAGCGACUACAAGCAGAAGUACUCCGGGGACGUCCACUGCAGUCGCAGCUGUCCCCAAUAAGACAACAACAGUAAACUCCAGUAAAGCCGGCGCCUCUACAAAGAAUACGGCCACGAAAACAGCAGCCAGUUCAAACCCGUCGUCGGCCGCUGACAACACAACUGUCAUUGCCAAAGCGUCAGCAGGUACUGUAAACAAAGCGGCGGCGACCUCCGCCGGGGCAGCGAACCCCCCUUCGGCAGGCCCCGCCGCCGCGCCCAACGCGAGUGCGGCGAACGGCCUGCCGAAGACCGGGGCCGCCUCUGCCAGCUCGACGGCCUUCGCCUCGAUCACCGUGACCACGACGGCGGCGGGGACGGCGGGGGCGCACCCGACCUCCAGCGCCUCCACCUACUCGUCGGCCACGUCGUCGCGCUCCUCCUCGCCCGGGGUGUCCCUGACCACGUUCGGGCUCAACUCCGAGGGGCGAGGCAUCCCCGGCGCGAUCUUCUUCGCGCUCCGGCCCGAGCAGAAUGGCAUCCGCAGCCCCCAGCCGUGUCCCUCCUCGCGCGGCACCUCCGCCUCCUCCGUCAAGAGCCCGACGCCAGACUCUGUAUCUGCUGGUCAGUCGUACAGACAAACGCUGCCGCCGUCGGGAGUCAAGAGCCCGCCCAUCCUGGAGCAUCCGGCCUCGAACGUCGUCAAGGAGGAGCACUGGUGGUCCGUCGAGAGCCGGGGCGCAGCACACUCCCGGGCGGCAGCAGGGGGUAAGCUGGUUAACUCGACAUGGGUCAGGCUGAUGGGCGGCCAGGCCAACAAUCGUCAGAGUUCGGGCCUCCCGUGGCGCACCGCUCGGGCCGUGUCGGGCCAGCAGCUGGACCAGGCGCGUCGCGCGUCGCACGAGGACAGCACGAGCGGCCCGACGUCGCCCAACAGCAUGUCCUCGACCGCCACCUUCAACUAUACCCCCGCCGUGAACUCGCCGCCGUCGUCCAACCUGUCGUCCGCCACCAACUCGGCCGCGACGUCGCCGCUGCCGGCGGUCAACCAGAGGCCCUGCGAGGACCUCCGCUCCAUGGCGUCCAAGAACAUCUCCUCCGCCAUCAUGAGCUACGAGCUGGGCAACAAGUGCGAGCCGCUCGGGUCGCCCGUGGGGGUGGGCGCCCCGGGGUGGCCGGGCCAGGGGCCAGACGCGGCGAAGGCGGCGCCCGCCAACGACGGCGUAGCCACCAUGACGCGGCGGGACCUCGUGUGCCCCUCCUGCCAGAUGCUGUUCCCUCCGGAGAAGCACCUCCAGUUCCUGGACCACUUCGAGGUCUGCAGGGGACCCGAGUAUGCCGAUCUAUGAUGAAAGGGAACGCAAUAUCACUCAUGAAAAAGGGCUUUAGAGAAUGAACGUAAGUGUCUCAUUCUCUAAAUGCAAGACAAUAUAGAUUUUUGUUGAAUGCUUAUCUAUAAAACGUAUAGAGAAAAGUAAGUGCAGUUAAGCAUCGGAAAAAACUGCACAGUGAUACACUGUUCGAAAUUCAUCUCGUAUGAGUUGUGAUC